AUGUCUCCGUCGUCUCGGAAUCUUGGACUCUUCUCCUUCUUCUUCCUCAUCCUCUCUCUAUUCUCAAUCGUUUCCUCCGACGAUCUCCAAGUCCUACUCAAAAUCAAAUCCUCCCUCCUCGAAUCAAACCCCAACGUCUUAGACUCAUGGAAACCGAACUCCGAUUCCAAUCCAUGUUCCUUCACCGGAGUAACCUGCAAUUCCAACAACUCCGUUACAGAGAUUGACCUCUCUAGGCAAGGAUUAACCGGAAAAUUCCCUUUCCCUCUCCUCUGCGAUCUCACAUCUCUCGAGAAGCUCUCUCUCGGAUUCAACUCACUCUCAGGCCCCGUCCCCAGCGCUAUGAACAACUGCACGAAUCUCAAAUACUUGGAUCUCGGCAACAACUUCUUCUCCGGUCAAUUCCCUGAUGUCUCCUCUCUAAGCCACUUACAGUAUCUCUACCUCAACAACAGCGCGUUCUCCGGUGUGUUCCCGUGGAAAUCACUCCAAAACGCGAAACAACUCGUCGUUUUAAGCAUCGGUGACAAUCCCUUCGACACGACGCCGUUUCCGGAAGAGAUUGUGUCGUUAACGAAGCUGACGUGGCUUUAUCUAUCCAACUGUAGCAUCGCUGGGGAGAUCCCUCCGAGGAUCGGUGACUUGACUGAGCUUCGUAGCUUGGAGAUCUCCGAUAGCUUUCUCACGGGGGUUAUUCCGUCGGAGAUCGUGAAACUCAACAAACUCUGGCGGUUAGAGAUUUACAACAACAACUUAACCGGAAAGAUUCCUCCCGGUUUCGGAAGCUUAACGAAUCUCACUUACUUAGAUAUUUCAACGAACCGGCUCGAAGGAGAUUUAUCUGAGAUCAAAUCUCUAACCAAUCUAAUUUCGUUACAGCUUUUCGAAAACCAGUUAACCGGUGAGAUUCCACCCGAGUUCGGAGAAUUUAAAUAUCUAGUCAAUUUAUCUCUCUAUACCAACAAGUUAACCGGUCCGAUCCCUCAAGGACUCGGUUCGCUAGCCGAAUUCGAUUUCAUCGAUGCGUCGGAGAAUCAGUUAACCGGACCGAUCCCUCCGGAUAUGUGUAAACGCGGGAAGAUGAAAGCUGUCCUUCUGUUACAAAACAAUCUGACCGGGACCAUACCGGAGACGUACGGUAACUGUUUGACUCUUGAACGGUUUAGAGUUAGUGAUAAUUCGUUAACCGGAACAGUUCCGGUUAGACUCUGGGGGUUACCGAAGGUGGAGAUUAUUGACUUAGCUAUGAAUAACUUUGAAGGUCCGGUCACGGGAGAUAUAAAGAGCGCGAAGAUGCUCGGAACGUUGAAUCUAGCGUACAACAAGUUCUCUAAUGAGUUGCCUGAAGAGAUCGGUGACGUGGAGGCUUUGACUAAAGUUGUGAUUAAUGAUAACCGAUUCUCCGGGGAGAUUCCGAGCUCCAUUGGGAAGUUGAAGGGACUUAGUAGUUUAAAGAUGCAGAGUAACGGCUUCUCCGGUUCAAUACCGGACUCUAUUGGUUCGUGUUCGGCGCUCAGCGAUCUCAACAUGGCGCAAAACGCGCUGUCGGGAGAGAUCCCGCACACGCUUGGAUCACUCCCGACACUCAACGCUUUGAAUCUUUCAGACAACGAGCUCUCCGGGAGAAUCCCGGAGAGUUUGUCGUCUCUAAGGCUUAGCCUUCUUGAUCUAUCAAACAACAGAUUAUCAGGUCGUGUCCCGUUGAGUUUGUCGUCUUAUAACGGUAGCUUCAUCGGUAACCCUGGACUCUGCAGCAUGACGAUCAAGUCGCUUAACCGGUGCAUUGAAUCUCCAGGAUCGCGUCGUGACACUCACAUCUUUGUGUUGUGUAUAGUUUUCGGUUCACUGAUCUUGCUAGCUUCUCUUGUGUGUUUCUUGUAUCUCAAGAAAAGCGAGAAGAAGGAAAUGAGAACGUUGAGACAUGAGUCUUGGAGUAUAAAGUCGUUUAGGAAGAUGAGUUUCACUGAAGAUGAUAUCAUUGACUCGAUCAAAGAAGAGAAUUUGAUCGGUAGAGGAGGUUGCGGAGAUGUGUACAGAGUUGUACUCAGCGAUGGUAAAGAACUCGCUGUGAAGCACAUUCGUAGUAGUGGCACAGACACUAAGAACUUCAGCAGCGCGACGCCUAUCCUCACUGAGAAGGAAGGAAGGUCUAAAGAGUUUGAGACAGAGGUGCAGACACUAAGCUCGAUACGUCACUUAAACGUGGUGAAACUCUAUUGUAGCAUCACGAGCGAUGACUCAAGCUUGCUGGUCUACGAGUACAUGCCUAAUGGGAGCUUGUACGACAUGCUUCACUCGUGUAAGAAGUCGAAUCUUGGUUGGGAGACACGGUAUGAUAUAGCUCUUGAUGAGUCCUUCAAGCCUAGGAUUGCUGAUUUUGGUCUUGCUAAGAUUCUUCAGGCGAAUAAUGGUGGUCAUGAUUCUACUCAUGUCGUUGCAGGAACAUAUGGUUACAUAGCUCCAGAGUAUGGUUACUCGUCGAAAGUGAAUGAGAAAUGCGAUGUGUAUAGCUUUGGAGUUGUGUUAAUGGAGCUAGUCACGGGGAAGAAACCGAUAGAGGCGGAGUUUGGAGAGAGCAAAGACAUAGUGGAUUGGGUUAGUAACAAUCUGAAGAGCAAAGAGAGUGUUAUGGACAUUGUGGAUAAGAAGAUAGGAGAAAUGUAUAGAGAAGAUGCAAUCAAGUUGCUGAGAGUUGCAAUACUCUGCACCGCAAGGCAACCUGGCCUAAGGCCAACGAUGAGGAGUGUGGUUCAUAUGAUAGAGGACGCAGAACCGUGUAGAUUGAUGGGUAUUGUGAUUAGCAAAGAGAGUGAUGUGAAGAUCAAAGAAAUAAGUUGAUGAUUAGGUAUGGUUUUUGGUAACUGUGAAACUUAUAGAGAAGAAGACUAAUGUGGAACAUCUGAAUCUGGUACAACGUAAGAGGUUAGAUGGAGAAUGUGAUUAUAGUCCUGGUGGUUAUGAAAUCUUCUCAUGUAAACUAUUUCUUGUAAUUGUAGAAUUUUGGUUUGAGUCAACAAUCAAAUAGUAAGUCAAGUUUUUAGUAGCUAGAGGCACUAUACUUGGCUAAAAAAUCAUAUUCGAGUGAUAAAAUAAUUUUGUUAUGACUUCUCAAUGAAACCAAAUCCGAUUUGAAUUCUUGUGAUGAGACAAUUAUUAUCGUAUAGCGCC